AAGGGGCUGUAGUUUUACGGCGUAUUAAGUCGUAUCUAUCAUACGAUUGGUCUAACUCGUUUUUUUAACAGGAAACUGUGUAGCAAAAAGGGUGUAUAUCCGAUCUUGCGCGAGUGGCUGUCCUGGGAAGGUGUUUAUACCGCAAGACAGAAGAACGGAUCUGAAGAUGGAGCUUCGCCCGCUGGUCAUGUGCUUUGCCCUGUGCGUGGUGUACGCCACCAGCAAGCCCACGGCCACGGAGAAGAAGGACCGGGUCCACCACGAGCAGCUCAGCGACAAGGUGCACGACGACGCGGAGAGCUUCGACUACGACCACGAUGCCUUCCUGGGGCAGGAGGAGGCCAAGACCUUCGACCAGCUCACCCCCGAGGAGAGCAAGGAGCGCCUGGGGAUGAUUGUUGAGAAGAUUGACGCUAAUAAAGAUGGAUACGUUACGGAGGAGGAGCUGAAAGCGUGGAUUAAAAAGGCUCAGAAGAAGUACAUCUAUGACAAUGUGGACCGGCAGUGGAAGGACUUCGACAUGAACAACGAUGGCGUCAUUUCCUGGGAGGAGUACAAGAAUGUCACAUACGGUACUUACCUGGAUGACCCUGAGCCUGACGAUGGGUUCAAUUACAAGCAGAUGAUGUCCAGAGACGAAAGGCGCUUCAAAAUGGCCGACAAGGACGGGAAUCUCAUCGCUGACAAGGAGGAGUUCACCGCUUUCCUGCACCCCGAGGAGUACGACUACAUGAAGGACAUUGUUGUGCUGGAAACAAUGGAAGACAUUGACAAGAAUGGAGAUGGCUUUAUUGACUUGGAAGAAUACAUAGGUGACAUGUACAAUCACGAAGGCGAUCCUCAGGAGCCAGAGUGGGUCAAGACUGAGCGCGAGCAGUUUGUUGAGUUCCGAGACAAGAACAGGGACGGGAAGAUGGACAAGGAGGAGACUAUGGACUGGAUCCUGCCUUCGGACUAUGACCACGCGGAAGCAGAGGCCAAGCACCUCAUGUACGAGUCCGACUCGGACAAGGAUGGUCGCCUCACCAAAGAAGAAAUAGUCGACAAAUACGAUUUGUUUGUUGGGAGCCAAGCGACUGAUUUUGGGGAGGCCUUAGUACGGCAUGACGAGUUUUAAAACCCAUCUAGAUAGAAAUUGUUUUUAUAAAUCUUGACAAGAUGAACAAUAAUUUAUUUUAUGAACCUAUGUUCCAGCUCCAGUUAUAAGGAUGUCUUGUAUUUUUUUUUCCUGACAAUUUCAGUUUUGUGUUUUGUAAAAUGACCUCCUGCAGUACAUUUCAAUUACCCUUGGUUGUGCUUAUUCUUGUGGAUGUUUUUGGCAUACAGUGUAUUUUUUUUAUUUUAAAAAAAUAAUUUUUUAAGGCCUUAAUAUGCAUAUGCUUUAUUAAAUAUCCUAUAAUGUACUUUUCAAAAAUUCUGGGACCUUCAGAAAUAUUAAUUAAUUAAUUAGAUAUGAGUUGCCAGACGUGUGGCACAUUAGUUUUUUGGCUGCAUCGCAACAGCGGGGCCAGCCCUAUAAACGCACAUGUCUGACUGAGUGACUGACUAAUGAAGUUACACCAUUGUGUAAUGGUGUAAUGGUUACACCAUUGUCGGUCCAACCAUAUACUAGGUUUUGACCUGGCCUUGUUUUAUUUUAACCCCUUUUGUUUUUUUUUUGUUUUUUACCUCCCAUUGUUUAGCAAUGGUAUUGCCGUCAUAUAGCUGCGUGACAAUGAAACAAUCUUCAUAGCUGUGGACUUAUCACAGCCAUUUAAACAGAUUCCCUCUCUUGCCUUAUUGCUGUCAUUUAAAAAAAUAACCAAACAUAGAUGGUUGUUUGAGUAUAUAUGUUUUUGCACAGUUUUCCAAUUUACAUGAAUGUAAUUUUCAUUUUUGUCAGUGAAACUUUCCGAGACACACAGCAGAGUCCACCAGGAGGCUGGAUUCCAACAUGAAUGCCUCUACUCUUGUUCUUUCUCUUCACAGGAGUGGUUAGAAGUGGACUUAAAUGAUAAAACCAUGUUUUAAUGCAAAAGUAGAUGCUUAUUUAUGGGUGUUUAAUGCCUUUUGAAGUAAAGUUUAUGGUUUUAACAACUGCCAUUUGUUCUAGGAGUAUUGUACUACUUGAGAUCAAAAUAUUCCCCUGAUUGUUGUUGAUGCAGGGUUUAUUCAUUGUGGACUGUUACUGAAAUUCCCCCCCAUUUCCAGUUUUGUAACCACUGAAAAUUUGUUUGAAAAUGUAGGAUUUAGACUUUUUGUACACAUGCAGUGCAGUUCGAUGUCAUUGAUAUUAGAUACUGUUCUGUAAAUUAAGUGAAAGCCUGGGUGAGAGCUACACCUGAUGCUUUGUAAGCAGAAAGCGAGAACACUAAGAUUUUGAAUUAGGUGCUGAUUUGACCACCGUAUUUCUUGAUUAAAAAAAAAAAGAAAAAAGAAAAGAACCAACCAGUGUUGUGUGAUUUGGUUGUUCGUCUUAUAUAAAUCAAAUUUCAUGCAUGAAAAAUCUUACACAUGUCAGAUGUUUCUAGUUAACCCGUUUCCCCCAGUUCAUCUUGGUUAAAUAAAAAUGUGGUUAUUCAUAGGCUGGAUGUGAAAAGUGUUAUAUUCCAUUAAUUAAAUUAUUUCCUUAA